AUGGGUGAAGCAAAAUCCACAGAGAAACCAAUUGAUGUUUCGAAUCCGCUCACCUUGCAUCACUCGGAUCAUCCGGGAAUUGUUUUGGUCUCCAGGCUUCUUGAAGGAUACAACUAUGGGCAAUGGAGCCGAUCUAUGUGUCUCAAUCUUAGCGCAAAGAAUAAGAUUGGCUUUGUCGAUGGGUCUGUCAAGGCCCCAUCAUCUACAGAUGCGAAACACUCCAUUUGGCAACGAUGCAACGAGUCGUGGAUCUUGAAUUCAGUACAUCCGGACAUUGCCAGCAGCGUGAUCUAUGUCGAAACAGCGGCCGAAGUUUGGAAUGACCUCGAAGAGAGGUUUUCACAGGGCAAUGAUUCCAGAAUUUACCAAAUCCAACAAGAAAUUGUUGAACAUCAACAGGGACAACAAUCUGUCUCGGCUUAUUACACCAAGAUGAAGGCACUUUGGGGCGAGUUGUCUUCGUACCACAACACUUUAUCAUGCACGUGUGGAGGAUUGAAGAAAGUUGCUGCACGAGAAGAGAAAGAAAGUGUCAUGCAGUUCCUUAUGGGACUAAAUGAGACUUACGCCGCCGUCCGGGGACAAAUUUUGAUGAUGCAACCCCUUCCUGACACACACAAGAUCCAUGCCUUGAUACUCCAGCAAGAACGACAGAUUGAAGUAGCUGCACGACGUGAUAGUAAUACCGGUCAUCAUGCGAUGAAGGUUGCUCAACCCAGCCGUUCACCUGCAGCCCUAGGGAAUCUGACUCUGUCACGACCCGAUUCGAAAAUAAAGAAUAUUCCUGAACUAUGGU